AUGGACGAAGAACACCAAAGCUUCGGCUCGGACAUACAAAGCGGGCACCGUGAAUUGGAGCUGGACUGCAAAGAACAGCUGAGAGCUAUUAUCGAAGAGGGCGACGAUGCUGCUGCUGUCGAACGAUUACUGGAUGGCCACACCGAUCUGGAUCUUGAAGGGCCAUUCAAGUACAGGUUUCCCCUCCACAAUGCCCAACUAGAGUCCGGGGUCACCUUCCUGAUGCUCGCUGGGGGUCUGGAUCGUGCUAGAAUUGUGGACAUGCUUUUGCGCCACGGAUCAAAGAUCGACGCAGAAACCAAGAAUUCUAGACGGACCGUGCUCCACUUCGCAGCAGAAGCCAAUGUCUCUAUGAGCACUUUCGACCUUCUCGUCCAAAGAGGUGGGGUUGAACUCAUCAAGAGGCAAAAUCAGUGGGAGGAAAGUGCUCUGCACCUUGCGAUAAUGUACGGAGACUCUGAUUUGGUUCGAUUGCUGAUCGAGAUGGCCGAAGCAAGCUCGGAUAAUGGCAAAGGAGACCCCAUAUUGGUGAAAAUCUUCCUGGAGCACAACGCAGAUGCGUGUGCCAAGAGGGUGGAUGGAAUUCCCAUGCUGCAUCAGGCUGUUCAUGACGGAGAUCAGGCAAUAACGCGGAUGCUGCCUGAAAGUAGAUGCUAUCCACUCCUGGGGAAAAAGGAUAAUUGCGACUGGACGGCACUUCAUUGGGCUGCUUUUCGCAGUGACCCUGAUAUUGUGAAUAUCCUUCUCGAGCGAGGGGCAAAUUUGUAUGCCACAGCAUAUGACGGCACGACUGCACUGCAUCUUGCUGCUUCUUACGGACGUCCAAAGACUGUUAAAGCAAUUUUCAACUGGCUAGAUAGGGACGUCAACCUAGCGAAGGCUCUCAGAAAGCGAACAAAGUUUGUAACUGCAAAAGCUGAAGAAUACGGUACAGCUCUAGCUUUGGCUGCCAGUGAGGGCUUUAUAUCCGUUGUCUUGGACAUCCUGGAAAGUUCUGUGUUUUUCCCUGAGUACCCGACACAGAACAAACCAUAUUUCUCGGAUGCCCGAGAGAUCAAAGAGGUGUCACUUCACCUCCUCUGA